AUGCCAUCCUUCAAAUACAAAACCCAAGUUGAAACUGAACCAUACACCUCCAUCCACCUUCAUGUGCACCAUGCCAUAAACCAUGUACAAAGACUCCAAAACCAUGUCAAUCAACCUGCUAAAACCAGUACCACACCUGCAUUCAUCAAAUGCACAAUUCAGAAUAAUAACAUCAUCAUCAUGAUCAAUAAUUCAACAUACAAUACAGCCAUGUCAAGUUCAAAAUCAUGUUCAAACAUAAGAAAAACAAUACGCCAAGACAGAAAACAAACCUCAUCGACACUUCCACCACAAUCUCUCGAUUCUCCACUCAAUCCUUCUCAGCCGCAAGAUCACCUUUCUCAUGCCCCUCUUUCAGCACCUCUAACAACAUCGUUUCGAUUUCUUACGAAACUCUCGUUCACUUCAAGAAGCUUUUCUUGA